AUGAUCCGGCCCAGGGCCCUGAACCUCCACCCAGUCCCCGGUGAGGCACCCAUGCACAUGGCCAGGCACCUGCUCCUGAUCACGUGCAUCGCCGCCAUCGGCGGGUUCCUGUUUGGGUACGACACCGGCGUCAUCUCCGGCGCCCUGCCCUACAUCCGCGACUCCCUCCUGGCCCCCCUGGCCGGCCACCCCGCCCGCCUGGCUCGCGUGCAGGAGACCAUUGUGGCCUCGGCGGUGGUGGGGGCCGGGGCGGGCGCGGCGGUGGGCGGCCGCCUCUCCGACCACUGGGGCCGCCGCGGCACCCUGGCCCUCGCAGACGGGCUCUUCUGCGUGGGGGCCCUGGCCAUGGCUGCGGCGCAGGGCCUGCGUGUCCUCAUCCUGGGUCGGGUGCUGGUGGGGCUGGGGGUGGGCGUCGCAUCCGUCACCGUCCCGGUGUUGAUCGCCGAGCUGGCGCCGCCGCCGCUGCGGGCGCGCCUGGUCUCCCUCAACGUCCUCGCCAUCACUGGCGGCCAGUUUGCGGCGUACGUCGUCAACUGGGGCGCCGCACACCUACCGGGCAGCUGGCGCUGGAUGCUGGGGGUGGCGGCGCUGCCCCCGCUAGUGCAGCUGGCGGGGCUAACCAUGGUGCCCGCCCCGCCAUCGAGAAAGCGCAGCGGGGGGACGCACUGGGGCCAGCUGGCGCGGCCCGCCGUCCUGCGCCAGCUGCACGUCGGUCUGGGUCUGCAGGCCCUGCAGCAGCUGUGCGGCAUCAACACCGUCAUGUACUUCACUCCGCUGAUCCUGGAGGCGGCAGGGGUGCGGAACAAGCAGACGGUGCUCCUGCUCUCCCUCUUCCCUGCUGGCGUGAAUGCUGUGGGCACGCUGGCAGGCAUGUAUGGCAGGCGGCGGCUGCUGCUGACCAGCACGGCGUGUGUGGCAGGCCUGAUGCUGUACCUGGCGGCCUUCUCCCCGGGGCUGGGGCCCGUACCCUGGGCGGUGAACGCCGAGCUGUACCCGGCCGACGUGCGCGGCACGGCGGUGGGCCUGGCAGGGCUCACCAACUGGCUGGCCAAUGCGGCGGUGGCGCAGACCUUCCUCUCCCUGCUGCACGCGCUGGGGCCGGCGGGGACCUGGGCCGCGUACGCCGGGGUGGCGGCGCUGGGCUGGGCCUGGGCGCACGCCUUCGUCCCCGAGACCAAGGGCAGGAGCCUGGAGCAGAUACAGGCGGCCUUCGAGGGCGGCGGGCCGUGA